AUGGCUGUUCCCAAUCCUCAACAAAAUAUCAAACUUUUUCAAACCGAAAACACCGGGGAUAAUUUAGGAACUUAUACCCAACGAGGUAAGUUUAUGACAUACUCUCAAGUUUUAAAUAAAUUUGUUUUAUUAGUUGUAAUUAAGAUUAAUUACAAUUAAGAUGACAGAUGCCCAGUAAAAUAAAUUUUAAUGAAUAUUAAUAUUAGUAAUAUAUCAAUCAUCAAUAUAAAUCAAACUAAUUUCGAGUUGACAAAACAAUAUUUUUGUUGAACGAAUAAUAAAUUUUACUUUUUAGAUAUUAUUUUUUUAUUUCCUACAAAAAUAUAUAAAUUAACAACUUAUGUCGUUAAUGAAUAUUUGUAGACCGUAGUACAAAAUAUGUUAUAGGCACCAAACUGGAUUUAAUUAAGAUAAUUAAAUAUAAUGAUUACCUACUUGUACAUAUUAUAUUAUGGUAUGGACAUGGUUACUAUGGUAUUGUAAUUCAUGGUUAAAUUUAAUUUAAAUAAAAGUAAAUUAUAAUUUUUAAAUGUUUUUAAAUCAUAUAAUAAUGAGGACUGUUAUUCCAUAGUUUCAUACUACUAACUGUAGUAUAUGAACAACAUUGCCAUGUUACAAUUCCUCUGAAUUGGAUAGUAUAAAACAAAAUCUAUUUCCAUUUUGUCCAACUAGAUGGCCUGUAGGGGUUAAAAUUUUAACAAGAUUUUUAGAUAACUAUAGCAGAGUUCAAAAACAUUAGAUGAAACGCUUUCAGGGAGUGUUUGUAUAGCAGAUGAUAGAAAAUCAACACUAAGAGGAUACAUGAACAAAUUUAAAACAAUGUAUUUUUUUACUAUUGCAAUACAUAUCUUUGGUCCUGUAGAACAAUUAGCAAAAGUGUUAUCAAAUCUUAAAUUGUGUGCAUCUGAUUCAAUUAAAGCUACAAAUAUAUUAAAGAAAACAUUACUAUCGUUCAGAACUAAUGACAAUUUUGAAAAGAUAUUAAAUACCAUGAAUUUACAUGCAGAAAUAUAUGUAUUAGAACCACAAAACACCAGGCACAUCCAAAAAACACCAAAACGACUUCAAUACACAAAUAAACCAUCUACAAAAUUAUCACCAAUAUGUGAAUUGAAUAAAUAUAUGUAUUAAAUAAUUGACUAUUUGAUAAAUGAAAUUGAUAGAUUUAAUAGUUUGAUAGUUUUAAUCAGAAGGUCUAAACAACUUGGUUAAAUUAGAAAACAUAAUUGUAGAUAAAAAUACAAAUACUCACCAAAUUACUAAUUGUUUAAAUAAUAUGAGUAAGGAUUUUAACAUAACUAAGCUUCAUGCACAGCUUAUUAUAUUACCAUAUAGUAUUUGUCACUAGUAUUUUAGAUAUUAUUAAUAAUUUGAGAAAUUAAUAUUGAAAUGUAAAAGAUUCUUUGUUUUCUGAAAUUACCAAAUUUAUUAAAUUAAUUUUAACAAUACCAGCAUCUACAGUGACUGCUGAGCGUUUUUUUAGUGCAUUGAGAAGACUAAAAAUAUAUUUGAGGUCCACAAUGACCCAAAAGAGAUUAACUCAUAUGAUGAUUUUGCACGUUUAUAAGUCUAUGACAGCAUACAUUGAUUUGAAGGUAACUGCUAAAGAAUUUGUUUCCAGAACUUCACAAAGGAAAUCAACAUUUGGAAAUUUGUAUUAA